UUCUGGGAGUCGGACGUCUUGUGAAUAGUAAUUGAGUGUUUAAAAUUUUGAUCUAACAAUGCCGGGAAAGCUUAAGCAACAGUCGCUCGAGAUGGAGUACAAGAAGACAGGAAUUAAUCCGUCCGACAUCGCUUCUUUACGUCGUUGGCUCAAAACGCAACCUCAUCUACCAGAAAAAUAUAUCACUGAUCUCGACUUAAUCCUCACCUACUUUUGCUGUUACAAGAGUUCAGAAGUAUCAAAACAAGUGUUGGAUGUUCAUUUUACUCUGAAGACGCUUUUCACCAAUUUAUUCUACAACAGAGUUGUGGAUGAGAGGUUAUUAAAAACUCUAAAUGUUGUCUUAGUGAUGCCGCUUCAAGUUCGCACCUACAACAACAGUUAUAUAGUAUACCAUCGACUUAUAGACUACGACACUAAGAAUUUUGUCUUCUCAGAUAUAAUCAGGGCAGUACUAAUGUUAAUGGAUUUAAGACAGUACGAAGAUGGCACUUGGCCGGGGUUUAUUAUUCUGAUUGAUUUGAACGGUGUCACGCUAAGCCAUAUCACCAAACUCGAUUUACAAACAGUGCAACAGCUUUUGUAUUAUUUGCAGGAAGCAAUGUUAGUGAAGCUAAAAGGCUUACACUUCAUGAACGCGCCGUCAUACGUUGACAGAUUACUUAUGGUAUUAAGACCGUUCUUGAAAAAGGAGCUAAUGGACCAACUUUGCAUCCACCCAGUUGGGUCAAAUUCGAUUGAGAAAUUAUUGCCGAUUGAGGCACUACCCAAGGAAGCUGGAGGGCAAUACAAGACUUUUGAAGAAGCAAAGAAAUACACAAUCGAAAAGGUUCUAGCAAACAAGGAUUUCUUUAUAAAUGAAAACAAAAAGAGAGUCGUCGAAUCAUUAAGGCCUGGAAAACCGAAGACAAUUACAGAUAUAUUUGGUGGCGUGGAGGGUUCAUUUAAGAAGUUAGAAAUAGAUUAAUAGGUUAUUUAAUUUACUUGUUUUUUAUAUAAUGUAAGUUAAUGUACGUAAAGUGUAUAUAAGUAUUAUGCAAUCAAGUUGUUUCAAGAUAAAACAUGGGUUCGAAACAUCGAAAUUAAUGGUGAAAUAAAUAUGGAGUAAAAUUAAUAAAUCAAUACAUUUUUCUUAUUAUUAAUUUAUAGCAACGU